AGAAACGGCACAGUCCUUACUCAUCCUACCACUGGUACACACUAAAAAUUAGUGUCGUGAGAGUUUAAUAACGUUCAAAAAUUCUUCAAUUCACGCCAACGAUAACAAGACAAUUGAGUUUUGAACUUUAAAGAAGGUUUUUUUUACCGUUUUACCACAGACAAUAUAUUGAAUAGUGAAUAAAUAAUAUAUAAAGAAAUCAAGAAUUUUCUGCCUGAAAACACAAAUUAAUAUUUUAUAAUUACGUUAAGUGACAAAUGUGGGCGUAACUAUACUAAUUACAAAAUGAGGUGUAUUUACAGGGUGUGGCACCUUCCGGUGUUUCUAUUAAUUGUUUCCUUGAUCCAUGAAGCACAGGCACAGAAACCUCCUCAGCCUCCUCACUUCAUCAAGAAGAUGGACAAGGAGGUGGAGCUUCAGUUCGGACCCAUCAAUAGGUUUGUCCUAGAGUGCAUAGCUCACGCUGAACCUCUUCCCUUGUACACCUGGUUCAAGAAUGAGAUUAAACUUGAGAAUAAUACUGCAGGGAUUAGUUUAAUCUCCAACCUGGAGCAUAGUCAACUAGAGUUUAGUUCUCCUGCUCCUGAGCAUGAAGGCUUCUAUCAUUGCGAAGCUGAGAAUGGUUUAGGUAAAGCUAAAUCUACUGUAGUUCAUGUUACCAGUCAGAUCUCUAAACCUGCUAAAGGAACUUCAGCUCCGGUUUUUAUCCGAGCUCCUGAGAGCGAACUCCCCAGCGUAGGAAACACAGCCAAGUUUGAGUGUAUCGCGGAGGGGAAACCUGAUCCUCAAAUUGUCUGGACAAAGAACGGAGAAGUUCUACCCGGAGAAACUGGUAAUAGACUAGUCCUGCACAAUAUAGGACCUGGAGAUGUAGCAAACUAUGCCUGUAAUGCAUCUAAUAUUGCUGGAUACGAAUAUAAAGAUGUUUAUCUAAAUAUACUAACCCUCCCUGCCACUAUAACUGAGGGCCCGAGGGACCAGGUUGUAUCUAAAGGUUCGAAUGUAACCAUCAAGUGUAAAACGGAAGGUUUCCCAUUACCAACAAUAUCUUGGUUUCUAAAUGAUGAACCUAUCCAAGGAUCAGAUCGGGUGAAAAUAAACAAUAUUUCUGGAGAUCUAUCAAUCGUCAACGCUACUGUGGAAGAUGCUGGAAAGUAUAUGUGUGAGGCUAAGAACCACGGAACCAUGAGCAAGGUUGGAAGUCUGGUUGUCAAGAGUAAAACCGAAAUUAUCAGUGGACCUAGUGAUCUCUACGUCGAGGUGUUCUCCAGUGUUACGAUGAACUGUACAGUUGUCUCCGACCUAAGCGAGGAGCUGACUGUUAUCUGGAAGAAGAACAACGUGGAUCUAGGUCAGAGUAUAUACGGAGAGAACCAGAGGAUCAGUCAGGAUGAGAAGUAUAGUCUUGUCAUCAAAAAUAUAACGCUUGCGGACGAAGGAACCUACACCUGUGUUGCAUUCACUGACUCUACGGCCUCUAAUCCAGCAACCGAUUCAGGACUACUCAUCGUAUCCGGGAUACCCCCAGUCCUUGCUCCUCUACCCCCCAUACCUCAUCAGCUAGAGGGAGGAGAUAUAAACCUAGAGUGUGAGGUUACACAAGGAUAUCAGAGUCCUCAGAUAUCCUGGUUUAAGAACGGACUACCCAUUACAAGUGAAAAUAAUGUGAAGAUAAAUCAUGGAACCCUGAGUAUAAAAAAAUCUGUUCCAAUGAACUCCGGAGAAUACUCCUGUAAAGCAGUUAAUGACUGGGGAACGGAUAUAAAGGGAACUAAGAUCUGGAUCAGGAAGAGAACUCAGAUCCUGAGUCAACCUGUAUACGUGGAGUACAGUGCAGGGAACGGAGUAAUGUUGGAUUGUAAUGUUGAAGUUGACGCAAGCCUGAGAAACAGUCUGAACAUAAACUGGUUCAAGGGAGAGGAGAUGCUCCGAGUCUCCACUGUAUCCCUGGUUCCUCUAGAGAACAGUGUCAUGUACGAUGUUGAGGAGGAGGAGGAAACCAGGUUCAUGAUGCAUCAAAACAACUCAUUACAGAUCUUAAACCUACAAGAAGAGGAUCUUGGAUUCUACAAGUGUCAGGCUAGUACGGAGUUGGAGCAGGUUCUCAGGAGUGAGCCAAGUCAAAUCUAUCUUGCUGCGAAUUUCCCAUACUGGAUCAUUAUCCUCAUCCUUGUUUGCCUGAUCGCUGUCAUGAUCCUGAUCAUCUGUGUAUGGAGAGUAAGAAAGAGGAACCGUGGUAAAGGAUAUUACGGAGUAAAGGAUGUAGAGAAGAACGGAGGAAAACACAAUAAAUCAGAUAUAUACUACAAUACAGAUGACGUAGAUAGUAUUAUGAAUGAGCAGGACAACAACCCCAACACCUCAACUCCUAAAUUCACCCCUAAGACCAUCAGACAUCUGUCCAACACGGAGAAAUCUGUCGGAUCAGUCAGUAGCUUAAUAGAGAAUGAGGAUGAGCGCCUGGCUAGAGGGAUGGACGAGGAUGGUAGUUUCAGGGAGAGAUAUUCGGAUUAGUUCCUAGUCCUGGAUACUAGUUCCUAGUCCUGGAUACUAGUUCCUAGUCCUGGAUACUAGUUCCUAGUCCUGGAUACUAGUUCCUAGUCAUGGAUACUAGUUCCUAGUCAUGGAUACUAGUUCCUAGUCAUGGAUACUAGUUCCUAGUCCUGGAUACUAGUUCCUAGUCCUGGAUACUAGUUCCUAGUCCUGAAUACUAGUUCCAAGACAAGGAUACUAGUUCCUAGUCCUGUAUACUAUACAUUAGUACUGGAUAAUUACUUAUAAAUACUCAAGUGAGAGAAAGAACUCUUGAUCCUCGGUAAUGAGAAAUAUUCUCUCUUAAGUUACCAUCAUUAGUCGGAUUCUUCCCAACUGUUAAAAAUAUUUUGGAUCAGUUAACCUGUUUCUGAUUGGUCGCAUAGUGGACCAAUCACAGAGGGGAAUUUUGUUUAUAUUUCCAUUUGUCAAGAUCUAGACAACUAUUGUUCUCUGUACUGUACAUUUACUUUUAGUUCGAUUAGAAAGUCGUCAAAACAUUGUUAAAAGAACCUCAUGUACUCACUGUACUGUACUGUAUGCUGAAGAUAUAUAUUUAUGAAAAAUAUGUGUAAGUCGAAAGACUGGGCUGUGAUGUAAGUUUGAAUAAAAAGAUAAUUCUA